UCUAGUUCGUCUCCUGUAGUUCGCAGCUGUGUGGAUCUCCAGGUGUUGGAGUUGGAGCGUGUUACUGAGUUGGGCCAGAAUGGGGCAGCAGAGCUGUGCAGAGAAGGACUUCAGAACCUGGAGACUCUACUACUCACCUCUACUCCGGUUACAGCUGAGCAACUCCUUCUGCACUUGAACAGUGAGUUACUGACCCCGGACCUCUAACCCUGGCCUCUACUACUCUCACCUCUACUUUCCGGUUUUACAGCUGAAGCAUACUGCACUUUAAAACAGUGAGUUUUCUGACCACUGAUAUCUAACACCUGACCUCUACUCACCACACCUCUACUUCCGUUACACAAGCCUGAAGGCCAACUACUGCACUUUAAACAGUGAGUUUUCUGACCCCUCUGACCUCUAAACCCUGACCUCUACUACUACCUCCUACUCCGUUACAGCUGACGCACUAAACUGCACUUUUAACCAGUGAGUUACUGACCCCUACCUCUAAACCCGACCUCUAAUACUCACCUCUACUCCUUCCGUUACAGCUGAAGCACUACUGCACUUUAACAAGUGAGUACGACCCUGACCUCUAAAUCCCCUGACCUCUACUACUCCAACCUCUAUACUACCGGAUUACAGCUGAAGCCACUACUGCAACUAGCACUUAAAAGUGAGUUUACUGACCCCGCUGACCUCUAAACAACCCUGACCUCUACUAUCCCUCGACUCCGUUACACACUGAAGCACUACUGCACGUUACAGUGAGGUUACGGACCCCAUGACCUCUAAACCCUGACCUCUACUACUCACCUCUACUCCGGUUACAGCUGAAGCACUACUGCACUUUAACAGUGAGUUACUGACCCCUGACCUCUAAACCCUGACCUCUACUACUCACCUCUACUCCGGUUACAGCUGAAGCACUACUGCACUUCAACAGUGAGUUACUGACCCCUAACUUCAGACCACUUAUUUUUUUACACCUGAUUGACCUUAACAAAUGUAGGAUACUAAAACCCCCAAAACGACCAACUUUUCCUUCUCAGUACUUACCUCUCCCUCACCCUCUCUAUAUUCUAGGUGUGUGUUGUAACCUCAGGUCCAUCAUAGUGCAGAUUGGGACGGCUGACCAUUUGGAGGAGCCAGACUGUCCUGAAGCUAAGAGACAGUACGAUGAGAUGGUCAACAAGUUACAGGUGAAUUAACCUUUAACUUUUAACCCUUGACUUAAGCCCCCUAUUCCCUAAAAUGCACUACUUUUAUGAGUCAACUCCAGUGGUAUCAAAGGAUGCCAGUUACAAUCACAAUACUCUAUACUAUAUAUAUAUAUAUAUAUAUAUAUAUAUAUAUAUAUAUAUAUAUUAUUGUCUCUCCUACAGGCCCUCAAGAUGAGACCAGGUCUGUCUGAAGUACUGCAGAUCGUUUGA